CUUUUCAAGGACAAGAUCGUCAGAUGCAACGCCAGACUUUGCCACAACGUCAAAUGAGGUGACUUACGCAGACUGAGAGUAAACUCCUAAAGCUGGUAGAAUGCGGCGAGAUGCUAAAGCUGUUUAUCGCAGACCAGCAUCCAAAUCUUGGCAUGAAAUCCUUGUGCUCCUGACAGCGACGAGUACAUUUGUUUGUGCCUUAGUCAAUCUAAGCCACCAGUCCUCAUAUGCUUCUCAACCCUCACAUCGUACCAGUGUUUGUCAAUUGGAAUCUGGAUACGAUUUCCGCAGCUUACCACGCGUGAGGCGAGGACCACUAGUGCAAAUGCCUGGAAUGUACAGCUCAAGGAGUGAAAGUACCGCAACUGGACUUACGGGACCGUUGAAAUCCAACGAAACCGAAAAUCCUGUCCUCUACAGCGAGACAUUUCAAAUCCUUUCGGUGGAUCUGCCCGAGAUAAGCCCAUACUAUCGCCACGACCGACGAGAUAAACUAGGGGCACCAAUCAAUGAUACCGCUUCCAAAGAUCUGAGUCGUCUGCUCGAACAACCUAAACCAAGUCGAAGCCGGGACAACUACGACGUGCGAGUAUACGAUCAUCCCCCAAUCUGGACAAGGCUAAAGGAACCUCCUAGAGCCCAUUUACGGAGACAGGCGCGCAAAUGGCUCUGGAAGGCCGAAACCUUGUACGGACCCCGGGGGCAUCCCUUGGUUCAGGUAGGUAAUUUGAUGGAUACAGACUCGUUCGUAUGCCCUUUGACGAUUUCGCAAAUACAUUCGUCAUUGAUGCAACGGGAGCUUGGGCGAAUGCAGGGGCAAUUCGAUCAAGUGAAUGCAAUUCGGUUGGAGUUAUUAGUCUACGGUGUUCGUGUUCACGACGACUUUCGCCAGUGGACGACUGACCCAAAUCACGUCUUUCUUGCGAAUACUGCUUCGAAACAUUCCCCUGCAUUUCCACAUGCAUAUCAAUGCGAUCCGUCUUCGCAAUCGUCGACAUCUCUAACUAUAGAUGGGAGCGAAGCAGACCGUCUGACGCAACGAAUCGAGUUCCUGGUACGCACGAGGGCCGCGGCACUCUUCCGUGGCGACGACAAAAAAGCUCUGUUCAUAGCUUGCAAGCUCUACAUGACUUACGGAGUUGGAGUCAACGAUACAACGAGGACAUGGUCAAUUGGGUCUCGGUUCCUGAAAAGUUACGAAAAUGAAUGGAAGGCUCCGACCAUUUCAAAAAUCUCUGAAAUGAAGGAAAAAGUGUCGUUUACGCAUGAGCUCUUUCAAAUGCGUCGCCAUUUUGAGAGCCCAAACUUCAGACGAAGCCAAAAUUCGCAUUUUUUUCCAAAUGCGAUUGUAGAAAAGCGAGUGGCUUCGAUGGUACAGGAGCGUAUUCACAACCGAGAAGAGGGUAUGUUUUUGGAAGCUGAUGCCAUCCGUCGGGAACUUUGGUCCACUUACAAUGUUGGAGUCAAUGAUCGGCUACAGCAGUACAGCCUGGGAGGAGUAUUUGAAAUUUAA